AUGGGGAAUGGCUAUUAUAAUAUGGUGGUUGCAGUGGUCUUGGUGGUGAACUUGGAGAGGACAAGAACAUUACAGGACUCCUGUGAGGACUGUCCAGCUGGUACUUACUGUGAGAACAAGAAUCAGAUUUGCAUUCCUUGUCCUUCAAACACAUUCUCCAGCACAGGUGGACAGAUGGCCUGUAAUUUUUGCCGGCGGUGUGAAGGUAUUUUCAAGACCAGAAGAGCGUGCUCCCCAACCAGCAACUCAGAAUGCAAGUGUGUUUCAGGAUACCAUUGUGUGGGGGUAGGAUGCAGCAAGUGUCAAAAGGAUUGUAAACAAGGUCAAGAAUUAACAAAAAAAGGUUGUAAAGACUGUUGCUUUGGAACAUUCAGUGAUCAGAAGCUUGGCAUCUGUCGACCCUGGACAAACUGUUCCUUGGAUGGAAAGUCUGUACUUGUGAAUGGGACAAAGGAAAGAGACGUGGUGUGUGGAUCACCUUUGGUUGACUUAUCUCCGGGAACAUCCUUGGUCACGGUUUCCAUUCCCGAGAGAAAGCCAGGUCAUCAUUCACAGAUUGUCAAUGUCUUUCUUGCGCUAACAUCAGCUGCUGUGGUGUUCCUGGUGUUUUUCCUGGUGUCCCAAAUCUCUGUUGCUAAGCGGGGCAGAAAGAAACUCCUGUAUAUACUCAAGCAACCUUUCAUAAAACCAGUACAAACUGCCCAGGAGGAAGAUGCCUGUAGCUGCCGAUUUCCAGAAGAAGAAGAAGGGGACUGUGACCUCUGA